AGAACCCUGAGCCAAAAGUCUUCUGCGCUCCUAUCUGCGUCCGCUAAUCAUCUGUGCGUGAAUCUUGCAGCCCAUACGGUGUGUGCCUUUCCUGGGGCAGCUGUGCUCUGCUGAAGAUCUGCCACCAUGGCUGGAGGAAGGAGAGGUCGCUUAUGUAGAGCUAAAACCGGCUAUAACCUACAAGAUGGCUGCAGUGCAGGCUCUUCCCCUGUCCAUUGAUCAGAACUCUGAGGUCAGCGCCCCCCAAAGCCCACCAAUCUCCAGGUCACCAGUGUCCGAUAGCACUAUGGGAAGCGUGAGCAGUCUAAUCUCUGGAAGACCUUACCAUGACAAACAGUGCAAGGCCUCCGAAUUUAGCAGCAAGUGCCGCAAGCCUUCCAGCAUGCCUAACUUUUUUAAGCAGCAGGAAGGACUAUUGAAGAAUAAUUACAACUCCCAGGAUACACUGUUUACUGGGCUUCCUACAAAGAAACCUUGUGCGUUCACAUCUGGCGGCAACGGGAACUAUGCCUAUGUCAACGAUGACUUAAAAGAGGAUUGGCGGGAAGCCAGAGCACCCAACAGCCCAUGCAGUGAUGUGGAUGACCUACGGGAUGAUAGGACUGUCAGUGGAAACAUAAGGGGUCCUCCACCCAAACUCAUCCCUGUUUCUGGAAAACUAGAAAAGAACAUUGAGAAGACAUUAAUAAAACCUACAGCUUUCAAGCCAGUGGUGCCAAAAAAGCGCAACUCCUCCCUGCAGUUCCUUGUCCAGAGAAAUGGGGCACCCAACUUAUCUGACAGUCAAGGAAGCCUAAACCAUCUUUUCAAUGGGACCUCAGCAGGGACAAGCGAGAAGCACAGCUCGUUCAGCUGCAGGAACAGUUCUGUCUCUGGAAACAUGUCUGACUCUGGCAGGAAUUCUCUUUCCAGUCUUCCCACCUACAGCACGAACUGCAGCCACCAAAUGGAGCCAGUCAGUAUGUCUAUGAGUCACAUCAACCUGGAUAAUCACACGAACAUGAAUGUGUUUUCUGAGCGAACCUCCAGGGCACGAACUCGUCCAUCGAACUCUGAUAGCGGCCGCUCAUCCUCUAGUAAGAGCACAGGGUCAUUGAGCAGAGGGGGCAACCAGUCUUCAGAUAGUGGCUCUUGUGACCGGUCACCAAUUAAUGAGGAAAUUCUCAUUAGAGAGCUGGAGGAGAAGCUAAAAGACCGGGAACUGGAACUGCACCAUCUGAAGGAGAAUCUGGAUGAAAACGAAGCUGCCAUAUGCCAGGUCUAUGAAGAAAAACAGAAGCGUUUUGAGCAGGAGAUGGAGGACCUACGUCAGAACUGUGCCCUCAAAAUGAAGCAGGCUUCUCAGAAGGCGCAGAGGAUGCAACAGGUUUUACAACUGCAAAUAUUUCAGCUGCAGCAGGAGAAAAAGAAAUUACAGGAGGACUUUUCACAGCUUCUCCAGGAGAGGGAGCUCCUUGAGAAACGCUGUGCUUCAUUUGAGAGGGAGCAAACGGAGCUUGGUCCACGGCUGGAGGAGACAAAGUGGGAGGUUUGUCAGAAAUCUGGUGAAAUAUCUCUUCUUAAACAACAGCUGAAGGAUGCCCAGGCUGAGCUGGCCCAGAAAUCCAAUGAAAUAUUACUGCUUCGUUCCCAGCUGAGAGAAGCUCGAUCUGACCUCCAGGUCAGUGAGGAACAAGUGCAAGAGCUGCAGGACACAACGCAUACAAAGACGCUGGAGCUAGAGGUGUGCGAGAACGAACUACAGCGCAAAAAGAACGAAGCUGAGCUGCUACGAGAAAAGGCCAGUAAGCUGGACCAAGAAGUAGCUAGCCUCAGGGAGGCUGCCAUAGCUAACCUUCGACACGGGCUGGGCCAUUGCCAGGAGAAGGAAGACCCAUUCUUGGUUUAUGAAAGCGACGAGGCCAAAGCACAGCGCCAAAACGCGGACAACCUGCAGGGCUUAAAACAGUACAUGGAACGGCUCAGGGAGGCUUUGGUAAGCGAACGCAGGAGAAACCAAGAACAAACCGAAAGCUUUGAGGAAGAGAGGCGCAUAUGGCAUGUGGAAAAAGAGAAGGUGAUCCGAUAUCAAAAGCAGUUACAACACAACUACAUUCAGAUGUACCAACAGAACCGUGAGCUGGAGAGGGACAUUAAACAGAUGUCACUAGAACUUGAGGCAAGGGAGCUUGAUGACUUUGAUUUACACGGUGCAGAGAUUCAGUUUGAGGAAAUCACAGCCACAGAAAUUUAACACCAAUAACACACCGCAAAUGCCUUUCCCUUGGACCUCUGGUUGGUGUUGCCAAAAAAAAAGCAAAUUAUCCUUGGAAGUUGUUGCAAUUAUUGCGUAAAAUGAACUUGGUUUUAUAUUGACAGGAAAACAAACGUUUGCCAGAAAUGGCAUUGUGUUACUAGUUUUGUGAGGUAACUUCCAAUAUCAGUCUGAGAAGCCAUACACACAUGCACACCCUUGUACACACGCGUUUUGCUAGGCAUGGCUAAAGGACCAAAGCAAUGUCAAUGAACAGUGCACACGGAAAACGGACCUUUCUGUGUUGUCAUUUCCCUUCCGUUCUCAGGACAGCCAUAUUGUCUCCUUCACUUCAUAUCUCACAGCAGAAGAGGAUUCUGAGUAAUGACAUAAAGCGUGCUUCCACCAGACAAAAAGCUCAUUGUUUUUUGAUUUUGAGUACACUGCAGACCUGUUCUAUUGCUCUCUUAUUUUGUUGCUAUUAAUGAUAGCCUAGCCAUAUUUUGAAUGUUAUCCGUGACAUGUAACUGCCACCAUUAUGUUUAUGGCCACACAUAAUUAACGCAGAGCCUCCUUUUAUGUGUAGUCUUGUAUAUAAUGUAAAAUAAGAGUUUUUGUUCCCCAAAGCAAAAUAACUGGUUUUGUACAAAUGAUAACUAGCACCUUCUCUCUCUCUGUUUGACAAGCAUAGUCGCUUUCAAUCUCAGGUAGGCAACUUGCUAGAGCACAAGCAUAACGGAAACGUCAAAUAAUACCAUAUGCAAUAAA